AUGGUGAAGGUUGAGUUGCUGGGAACAGGCGCAGCUUUGCACUCUCAAGCAUUCAAAAGUGGCUAUGACACGGACAUCAGUGUGGCGAACGCAUUGGUGGACAUCAGUCUAGCAGGGAAGACAGAUGGGGAUGGAAGGCUCGUGAAAGUAGAGGAGGCACUCGAGAAAGCCGUGGGGAUUCACGCUCGGGCGGCCAGCUUUGAAUUCGACUCGGACACUUAUCUAGCCAGCUCGCUCGUCAGCUUCUACGCCAAGUGUGGAAGCAUCCGGGACGCCUGGAAGGUGUUCCAAAAGGUGCGUCUUCACGACGCGGUGUCCUGGACUGUGAUGAUACUCGGGCUCGCCCAAAGUGGUCAGGGGGAGCUUUCCCUGCAACUCUUCCAUCAAAUGCGAGCACAGGGAUACAAAACCGACGCACCAACUUUCGUGGCUGCUCUCAAAGCUAGCAGCAGCGUGGGAGCCUUGGAGCCUCUGCAGGGAAUUCACGCAGAUAUCUCCAGGUGUGGACUCGAGGACGAUCCCGUUGUCGCGAACGGCGUCGUCAAUGGCUAUGGCAAAGCCGGGGCCGCAGCGAAGGCACAGCUGAUCUUCGAGUCCCUGGAGAAACCAGACGCGGUUGCCUGGACGUCCGUGAUAGCAGCACACAGCCGCGACGGGGACACGUUCAAGCUCUUCGACGAGAUGCAAGAUGAAGGCCUGCAACCAGAUGGGAUCGCACUUCUUUGCAUGCACGUCGUUCGCGACAACCAGAUCGAGCGCUAG